CGUGUGUAAGGUUUUUAGUCUUUAAUACUUCGUCGGUUUGUUGGGACGUUCGAGUCCUGGCACUAUUCGUAGUAAUCUAACUAUGUAAUCGCGUUUUACCACUCUGACUAAUCCAAAUAUCCUGUUUUCAAAUCAAAAUAAAAACAAGAACAACCAAAAUAUCUAUCAUUGAAUCAGAAUUAAGAAAAUUGAAAUGAUAAUUAACUGCGCCACCUGUUAAGAUGCGAACGAGUAUUUUUGUUUUUUUAUAAAUUAUAAAGGACUAUGUAUACCUAUCUUUAAAAUUCAUGGUUUCAUGUAAUCGAGAAUACCAACAUAUCUUUAUAUCGUUAGAGAGUAAAUCCUGCAAAAGAAAAAUUUGUAAAAUUAUAGGUACCUACCUACGAACCAACCUAAUCAAAGGAUAUUCAGAGUGUUUUUGUUCGUUAUAAAUUCGUUGUUCCUAAAUCCACCCGCAUAAAUACAAAAAAGUAUCUUUAACCUUUUGAAGCCCCUACAUCUAUCGUUCUAUUGUUCAUUUUGGGCUUUGAUUCGGUUUUGCAUUGUUUCUGUAUUUUUUGUUUGUUUGUUUUGUUUAAGUGUACGUUCAUAUGCGAGUGUAUGAGUGUCGAUGUGCAAAAUGAUUAAUUAACAGAGAAAUCGAUUUUGGAAAUAAAGAUACGUUCAUCCUAAAACCCUACACCACCUAAAGCUAAAGGUAUCGCUAAGCUAGCAAUAUAUGUAUAGGAAUUGUGCAAAUAAUAAUUUCCUUUUUGCUCCUCCCGUGAGGAUACAUUUUUUUUGUGUGAAUUUUCGCCUAAACCUCUUUAUACACACCAUCAAUCCAUCCAUCAAUGGCACGAAAAUACCUAUUUAAUUAAAAUACCAAUUCAACACAGCAAAACAAAAUAUAAAAAGAGGAAAUACAAAACAAAAAAUAAAAGGAUAUUCAUUUAAAGCGAUAAAAAAUUGCGAAUAAAAUAAAUAAUUCAAUUUAGUGAAAACAAAAUAAAAAAUCGUCCUUUUUUUGGGUGAAAAAGAAUUUAAGAGUGUGAAAGUGUCCUCCGAAAGUGCAUAAUAUUUUUAUUUUAUAUCGAAACAAAGUAUCGACACCUAAAAGCGAAGUUUUUUUUUUAUUGUUGUGUGUAUAAUUGUUUUUUUUUUUCUGUGUGCAAAACGAAAUAGAUGCGAAGGAUUAUUGCGAAGGAUAUCAGUGGAUUGCAAAUGUUUUCGGGCACCAAAGUGGGCUGGAUUGAAGUUUUUAUUUAUUGACGACGAGAUGCAAUGGUCUUGUUAGACAAACAACAACAGCUGCAUUAAGGUUUUAGGAUCAAGGGAAUAGAAUAAUUGAACAAAAAAUCAACCACCAAGCAAAAAUAUAAAGAAAACGAAAAUCAAAGAAAAAAAACUUUGUGCUGCCUUCGAAUUAAAAAAAAUUAUCAUAAAAAAAAAACAAACAAAAAAUGAUCCCAGUCGAAUAAUAAUAAGAAAACACAUACAAAAAAAAACAAACAUAAAACAAUUGGUUAAACCACAAAAGUGUUUAACGAUUCAGCAACCCCUUCUUUUGUGUGUGCAUAUCGCACGCCGCGCCUGCACCACCAAGGGUGGUGUAGUAACACCGCACCACAUACCGUGAAUCGUAUAUAGAGGUACAAACACGCAACUUAUGCUCAUAUUUAUAAACAAAACAUUUUUAACAAUUAAGUACCAACAACUGCUGAAUUGUGGAAACAACAAUGCAGGAUCCGGUGAAAAUCCAUCCCUGCAACCAUGAUAAUGUUAAACAAAUUGAAAAUCUUGCCGCAAGAAAUAUUAACACGUCAUUACCGAAAUACGCGCGUUAAAGGUGAACAUAAACUGUAAAUGAGAGUUUAUUCUUUAAAAUAAAAUUAAAAAAAAAUAAAAGUCUGCAAAGUUUGAAUUAUUGUUUUUUUUUUCAUACGAAUAAAAUCUGUAUAUUUAUCGUUCUUUUUAAAUUUCGAAAAUUACCCAAUUUUUUUAUAAUCAUUUGAAUUGUUUUAAAUUGUUGUAUUUUUUGCCUUGUAUGUUCUCGAAACGAAGGACUAUACUCUUUGGUGCAGUGUCCAGUCACGUGUAUUAUUAUUAGUACACACAAAUGUCGACCUGUGGAAAAUGUUUAAUCCACAUUCUUUUCGUUGUUGUCGUCGUCGUCGGUCGGUCGGUUUUUAAUAAAUAAUAAUCUCGAAUAAAAACAAAAUAGCAAAUAAAAUAAAUUUGCAUGUUCCUGCGAAUUAAAAAUUUAACACGCUUCGUUCGAAAAAACACGAAAAAACCGUAAGCUAACAUACAAGUUACGAAUUAACACAGUAUAUGUAUAUCUCUAUGCUGCAACAAUAAACAAACAACAACAAAAAAAAAAGGCAUUUAUGUAUGUACAUGCGUAUUUUUUUGGAAAAUAAAAAAUACUUUCAAAAUAUAUAAAAAUAUAUUAUAUAUACAUACACAUACCUAUUUAAAACAUAAAAAAAACAGCACAAACAAAUAUAUAAACAUGACUAUGAAAUCAAUGAAAUACACAGAUUGUGAUACAAUUAUGGAUGGAUAUAAUCCGGUACCACCACCCCUACCCAGGAGGGUGCCACCCGUUCGGAAUAUUUACGCAGAACCCUUUGCACAUGAACCCAGUCAUUCAAGCAGAUUGGGUACCAUGCAAAGUGUAAGCCACCAACAACAGAUGGCGCAAAAUAUGUCAACGGGUAAUAAUUCCAUAGCUGGGAGUAGUGGUGGUGUAGAUCGCGGCGGUGGCGGUAGUGGAGUUGGAGUUGGAGGAGUCGGUGGAGGGUCACAUUGCCAAAUGACCGGAGCUUCACCUCUUGUUAUGCCCGGAUUCCCAUUGAGGACAUCACAUUCAGCGCAUACGCCGCACUAUUCGCCGUAUUCUCCAUCAAGGUUUCACAUAGAUAAACGGUGCCAGCACAGAUGUUCCUGGAAAUGUUUGAGUAUCGCCUUAAUAUUAUUAGCAGUCGUCCUUACAGCCAUGUUGGCCUAUUUUGCAGCUGUCAGCUCAAUGAAACCAAACAUGGAUUCAGCAAAUUGCAUCCUAGUCCAAGAUGUUAAAUCCCAACCCCACGAUCAUCUCAACCAAGGUUCAACCGCUCUGCCAACCGAAGAAUCGAUAUCGACGAGUACAUCUGACCACAGUACGACUGGAUACCAGGCCGGCGGAGGUGGUGGCAUUGGCGUUGGUAUUGGUGGCAUCGGUACCGGUGCCAAUGGUAUUCAAAAUCCAUUGUCCUCCUCCCAUCAGUUGCAAUUGCAACUGCAACAACAGCAAGCGUCCCAACCCCAACAGACAAGUUCCAGCAGUAUUCAACAGCAGCAACAACAGCAACAGACGCAGCAUCUUCAGGACCAAUCGUACACCAGUGCCCAACAGCAGCAACUCAAGUGGCCGCAAGUUGUCGAAUUGAAAGACUUUAACGAGAUGUACCAUGCAAAUAUACCGCCAUAUCAAUUCUGGAACUUAGAAUUCCGUAACAAGCAUCCGGCCUUUAUUCGCUUCAACUUCACCCUGCCGUGGGGCGCAAAUUUUGCAGUCUACAGCCGACGAAAUGUGGCGCCAAGCGUGACGCAGUAUGACUUUGUUGAAUUUGUGAGAGGAGGUCGUUUGGAUAGCCGACUACGACACAGACGAAGUGUGCAUCAAAUCCACCGUCCAUCAGCUGCAGCAAAUGGGUCCUCCUAUGAGGUGCCUCUUAGAUACUCUGAUAUAUUGGCCGACACAAGAGACCAAAGCAAUGAUGAGGACGACGACGGCGACGAUGAUGACGAUGAUGAAGAAUUGCUCCAGAACAUCGGACUGGGCAUCCGACGUCGCCCAACAAAGGUAGCAGCAGCAGUAGGAGCAGAGUCAGCUGAACGUGAUGUAGACUUUGAGAAUGUAGAAAAUGUUGACGAGGAUAUCUCAACACCGUUGGACGGUGCCAAGCAACUGGCCGAAAAGCAACAACAAAGUCAACGUCAACAGCAACAGCAAAAGCAACGACAACGGCAGAGGCAUGUGAUUGGCAAACGUUCUUCUGGCGAUGGUCUGCCGAAUUUGGAUAUGGACACGAUGAUGGUGAAUGUGUCGUUGCUGCAAUAUCUAGACACGGGUCUGUGGUUUAUAUCGGUCUACAAUGAUGAAUUACUGGCGCACUCAGUGACACUGAUUGUUGAGGAGGCGGAAGGCGUUAGUACCACUUGCCCCAACGAUUGUUCCGGUCGUGGAAGUUGCUACUUGGGUAAAUGCGAUUGCAUUGAUGGCUACCAAGGAGCAGAUUGUUCAAAGAGUGUCUGCCCGGUUCUAUGUUCGGCACAUGGCCAUUACGGUGGUGGAGUUUGCCAUUGUGAGGAGGGUUGGAAAGGUGCUGAAUGUGAUAUUCCCUUGGGUGAAUGUGAAGUGCCCAAUUGCUCGAGCCAUGGACGUUGCAUAGAAGGUGAAUGUCAUUGUGAACGUGGCUGGAAAGGACCGUUUUGUGAUCAACAUGAUUGUCUUGACCCAGCAUGCUCUGGACAUGGCACAUGUGUAACCGGACAGUGCUAUUGUAAAGCCGGAUGGCAGGGCGAGGACUGCGGUACAAUUGAUCAGCAGGUUUAUCAAUGUUUGCCCGGAUGCUCUGAGCAUGGUACCUAUGAUUUGGAGACGGGAAAAUGUGUAUGUGAAAGGCAUUGGACAGGACCUGAUUGUUCACAAGCUGUCUGUAGUUUGGAUUGUGGACCAAAUGGCGUCUGUGAAUCGGGUAAAUGCCGUUGUAAUACUGGUUGGACGGGCAAUCUAUGCGAUCAACUACCAUGCGAUGCCAGAUGUUCUGAACAUGGUCAAUGUAAGAACGGAACUUGUGUAUGCUCGCAAGGAUGGAAUGGAAGACAUUGCACUUUACCUGGAUGUGAAAACGGUUGUUCCCGACAUGGUCAGUGCACUUUGGAGGAUGGUGAAUAUCGAUGUGAUUGUAUUGAAGGAUGGGCUGGUUCAGACUGUUCAAUUGCACUGGAAAUGAACUGCAAGGACAAUAUUGAUAAUGAUAACGAUGGAAUGACAGACUGUUCCGACAGCGAAUGCUGUUCGCAUCCAGCAUGCUCUGAACAUAUCAUGUGUCUUUCAUCUAAUGAUCCAGUUGAAGUGCUCCUACGCAAACAGCCCCCAUCAGUGACGGCUUCAUUCUAUCAACGAGUUAAGUUUCUAAUUGAAGAAAACUCAGUUCAAUCAUACGCCCACAUGGAUGAGUACAGCGAAAAUCGUGUCUCGGUAAUGCGUGGUCAAGUUAUAACACCACAGGGUCUUGGAAUUGUUGGCAUUCGAGUAUCAGUGGAUCGUGAUUCACGUUUUGGAUUUACCUUAACACGACAAGGAGGAUGGUUUGAUGUCCUGGUAAAUGGAGGCGGUGCUGUAACAUUACAAUUCCAGAGAUCACCUUUUCGUCCACUUACACGAACAGUUUUUGUACCAUGGAAUAGAAUUGUUGUACUACCACCAGUUCAGAUGCAACUAAGCGAUGAAGAUGAACAUGCAAGGACAGCUAUUAAAAUUGCAUCACAGAAUCCCGCUUUGACGUUCCUCAAUUCGAUUCUGUAUCAUUUUUCGGAUGAACCUUUGGACUCGAGUAAAAUUUGCAUCGUUCACGACCACGAACAGUUGAAGCCUCAAUUGAUAUCAACAUGGAUGCCCAAUGGGGUUGGAGCUAUGCCAGGAAAGAGAGUUGUUUUUGCUGAAACCCAGAUUGUUCAAGAAUCCAUCCAGAUUCCGGGCUCUGGUCUCCAUCUUACAUAUCAAUCAUCGCAGGCUUCCGGAUAUUUGAGCAUCGUUCGGAUGCGUUUGACUUCGGAGCAUAUACCAAGUACAUUGACUCAUGUUCAUGUUGGAGUGGAAAUUGAAGGUGCCCUGCAUGUGAAGACAUACGAAGCCGAUCCCAAUUUAAUACACACAUUUGCGUGGAACAAACGCAACGUGUACCGACAGAAGGUGUACGGAGUGACGAUUGCUCGUAUAUCGGUUGGCUACCAGCACUCGACGUGCAAAUCUCCUGUAUGGACAACUCAAACAGCCAAGUUGCAGGGAUACGAUGUAGAUAUUUCGGACAUUGGUGGUUGGGGAUUGGAUAUUCACCAUCACUACAAUUUCCACGAGGGAAUAUUGCAGAAGGGUGAUGGAAGCACCUUACACAUGAAGGAGUAUCCUCGAACGGUAAAAGUUGUUAUGGGAACGGGUCUGCAACGCCCACUUAAUUGUCCCGACCACUGCAAUGGCAUUGCAAAAGACGCACGGCUCCUUACCCCAAUUGCAUUGGCAUCCGGUCCCGAUGGUAGCUUGUACGUGGGCGACUUCAAUCUCGUGCGACGUAUCACACCAGAUGGCGAAGUGUUCACCAUUCUUCAAUUGAGUGCCACCCAAGUCUCCUACCAAUACUACUUGGCCGUAUCGCCAGCCGAUGGCCAUUUGUACAUAUCCGAUCCAGAGAAGCACCAAAUACUGCGCCUUCUUCGGCUGGAAAAGGUCAAAGAUCCCAGCAUCAACAGUGAGCCGGUUGUUGGCAGUGGCCAGCGAUGCAUACCCGGCGACGAAGGUAAUUGCGGUGACGGUGGGCCAGCAUUGCAGGCGAGGUUGUCACAUCCGAAAGGCCUGGCCAUUGCAGCAGACCGCACAAUGUACAUCGCUGACGGAACAAACAUCCGAGCCGUUGAUCCGAAGGGCAUCAUUCAUACGCUAAUUGGCCACCAUGGGCAUCACAACCACUGGAGUCCAGCUCCAUGUUCGGGCACCCUUAUGGCCAACCAGGCACAAUUGCAAUGGCCCACCGGAUUGGCGUUAAGUCCUUUAGACGGCUCCUUGCAUUUCAUCGACGAUCGGCUAGUCCUGCGUCUGACAUCCGACAUGAAGAUUCGCGUUGUUGCUGGCACACCCCUGCACUGCAAUAACAAUCAGGACAAAAACAAGACAAACGACAGCGUCCUCGGCACAGUCCUGGCUAUGGCUUUCUCGCCAUUCGGUGAGCUCUAUAUUGCAGACAGUGAUUCGCGGCGUGUUAAUUCGAUUCGCGUUGUCGACACAACGGGAAAUAUGAGAUAUUUUGCUGGCAAACAGGAAAAUUUGGGGUCGCUGGCAUGUGAUUGCACUACGAACACCAACAAUAACGGUAGCUCGUCUACACAAUACUCGACUACAGUUAAUCCGACUAGAAACGGAAAUACGAUGGGAAAUCCUGGCGGUACAACUCCAUCGUUGACUUCGUCGUCAUCGUUGUCGUCCUCGUCGUCGUCCUCGUCUAGCAAUGGCAAUGGUGGUGGAAUUGGUUCUGGUGGUGUUGCAGCAGCAGGCGGAGGAAUUAUGGGAAUUGGUGCUGGUUCGGGUUGUUUAUGCAAUGGCGGUAACAUCAUGACAACUGGUCCCACGACAACUACAACAGUGUUGCUAGGUGCUAAGGUAGCAGGCAACGGUGGUAAUGCCGGUAACAUUGGAGGGCUUUCUGGUCUUGGUGGCGGAACAAUUAAUGAAGACGGAACCCUUAGUAAUGCAGAGACUUUGUUAUCCUCAAAUGCUAGAUUCCAGGCGAUUUCCGCAAUUGCCGUUGCACAGGAUGGUGUCAUCAAUGUUGCCGAUCAAGGUUCAUUGCAUGUCCUAGCACUCGAGCACUAUCUACCCAGCCACGAUGAGAAUGGUGAAUUCCACAUACCAUAUCCGCCAUCGAGUGAAAUUUAUAUUUUCAAUCGUUACGGACAACAUGUAGCCACAAAUGAUUUGACAUCGGGCAAGACACGAUAUUCCUUUUUGUAUUCAAAGAAUACCAGUUUUGGGCGUUUGUCAACGGUAACUGAUAGUUCUGGGAAUAAAAUUCAAUUUUUGCGGGAUUACAGCAAUGUGGUAAGCUCAAUUGAAAAUACCCAGGACCAUAAGUCGGAAAUUCAAAUAAAUGGAAUUGGUAUUAUGACCAAGUUAACCGAAAAGGGCAAGUUCGAGAUUGAAUUGGAUUACGAUAGUAAUACGGGCUUGCUGAAUAGCCGAUCGAGUGGGGGCGAAACGUACAUUUAUCAAUAUGAUGAAUUUGGUCGAGUGACGGGUAUGAUUUUGCCAAGUGGUGAGAUUGUGCGUAUUACGUCGGAGUUGGCUGAUAACAAAGGUCUAUCGGUUUAUAUUCAUGCAUCGGUUGAAUCAUUGUUCUCGCGGGAGAAGGGGGAGACCAAUGAGUUGUUGGUUUUGGGUGGAGUGCGUUCGACUUUCAUGAAGAAGGGUCGGGAGAAUGCCGAUGCAGAAAUCAAACCAAACAACACAUUGAUUAUUCAUGGAGCCAAUGGCGUUAUCGUUGAGUCAUCUGCUGUAGCGAGACAUCCUCUAUUAGAAGCCGCUCUGCCAGUUGAAGCUGAGAUGUUGGCAAUGUGGUCCCAUCAAAGCAUUACAAUGGGUGAGGGCCUCACCAACAACAUGUACUCCGUCUUCAAUUUAGUCGGGGAUGUUAGGAACCCACAACAGACUCUGAACCGUGAAAUAUGGGUCAACGAAAGUCGAGUUAUUGGCGUAGAGUACGACCAGUUUACCAACCGUGAGACAUUCUACGACCGCAAUCGAACUCCCAUCCUGAUCAUAGCCUACGAUCAGUCAGGACUACCCAAAUCCUACUAUCCCACCAAUGGCUAUCCCGUAAACAUCACCUACGAUCGGUUUAAUCGUAUUGAGGGAUGGUCUUGGGGACCCGCUGAGCUCAAGUAUACCUAUGACAGACAUGGAUUGCUGUCAGAAAUCACAAGCCAACAAGACGGAAUAAUUUCAUACAUUUACAACGAUUGGAAUUUGGUAUCAGAAAUAGGUCUGGCAAGUCAGAGGAAAUUUGUGUUGAGCUAUGAUGAGGCGGGAGGUCUUCGGCAUGUUUUACUUCCAAGUGGAACAAAACACUCAUUCAGCAUGCAAACUUCUAUCGGUUUCAUUCGAUGGACCUACACUCCACCUGGUGGAACGAAACCUUACCUACAGCACUACAGCCACUCAGGAGCCCUCCUUCAAACCAUAUUUGCCGGCGAUGGAGCUCGAAUCAUCUACAGGUACAAUUCAGCUGGACAACUCACGGAAAUUGUGCAUGGAGAUGGAAAGAGUGAGUUUAGCUACAAUGAAAUCACGGGAAUGCCCAGCACUGUCUCACACUCCGAACGAGAGUUGGAAUACCGAUGGGACUUCGAGUUCACCGGAGGCUUGCUUACCGAAGAACGCAUCGACUACGUUGCCAAGACAGGUCUCAGUAAUGCCAAGUUCACUUACGAUUACGACACUGAUUUUAGAGUGAUCUCGAUCCAGGGUCGUAUCGGCGGCCAGAAUCUUCCAACACAAGCAUUUGCUUACGAUCGGCGCACAGGCCAACCCAACCAAAUUGGCCAAUUCAAACUGAUGCAUCCGAAACUGAAUCAAACUCAAGUCUACGACGGUACAGCUAGUUUUACCAGAACGGUCAAUGGAAGAUUCUUGGAAUCUCAAGUUACACUGUCCAUUCACAGAAUGGAAGUAUUCAGAAUGGAGUUUUCGUACGGUGUGCAUGGAAGAAUAUCCCAGACUCGAACCUACACUCGUAACGUGGCUGUGAAUACCUACACCAAUGUCAAAAACUACACAUGGGACUGUGAUGGCCAAUUGAUUGGAGUUGAGGCUCAAGAGCCAUGGGGCUUCCGUUAUGAUGACAAUGGAAAUCUUUUAUCAUUGACGUAUCGAGGAAACACAAUCCCAAUGGAAUACAACACUCUUGAUCGAAUUGUUAAAUUCGGCGAAGGUCAGUACAAGUAUGACUCAAGAGGACUUGUUGCACAGAAUGCAAGAGAAGAACGAUUCCACUACAACACCCAGGGACUCUUAGUGCGAGCCACAAAACGAGGACGCUUCGAUGUGAAGUACUACUACGAUCAUCUAAAGCGAUUGACUACACGAAAAGAUAACUUUGGAAACGUUACACAAUUCUUCUACACCAACCAACACCGCCCCUAUGAAGUAAGUCAAAUCUAUUCGCCGCGAGAUGGCAAACUUAUGUCACUCACCUACGACGACAGAGGCCAUUUGAUAUACACUCAGGUCUAUCGUCACAAAUACUACGUGGCCACCGAUCAGAGUGGUACUCCCAUUAUGAUCUUCAACCAGUAUGGCGAAGGUAUCCGUGAGAUAAUGCGAUCUCCAUUUGGUCACAUAGUCUAUGACUCCAACCCUUAUCUCUAUCUGCCGAUUGAUUUUUGUGGUGGAAUUCUUGAUCAGGUGACAACUCUGGUGCACAUGGGUGAUGGAAGAGUUUAUGAUCCUUUGAUUGGUCAAUGGAUGUCCCCCAACUGGGAAAAUGUAGCAGACAAAAUUAUUACGCCAACCAAAAUGCAUUUAUACCGAUUUAACGGUAAUGAUCCUAUAAACAUCGAUCAUGAUCGAAACUAUCCUGCCGAUUUUUCGGCCUGGAUGAAGAAACUAGGUUUCAAUAUUCCCAAUAUAGUGCCUCAGCUGACAAGAACACUCUGGGAACAACCAUCUUUGUGGGGAAGAACACUGAAUAACCCCAUUGCCCUGGACCUGAAGCGACCAGUUGACAACAUACCAACGAUGGCUGUCGAAUCAGGAUUCCUAGCCCACCUCGGUAUCCGCCGAAUGUCCAGCUUCGAAGAUCUCUCAGCUCCACCCAAGUCAGCCCUCAAAUUCGAUGUCAUGAAUCCCAAACCUCGGAACAUUGGCUCCGACUCAGAUCCACCAUUUGGAAGGGGUAUUGUCGUGUCACGAACCACAGACGGGCAGGCUAUUGUUUCAAGUGUGCCAGCUGCCAAUGCCAUCUACCGUGAUGUCUACACAUCAGUAUUUAACCGAUCCAAACUUUUGCCAUUUACAUUUGUGGUGCAUAAUGCCCAACAAGACUCGUUCUUCUUCGUCAAGGAGGAAUCUUGGCGAGCGAGUGAAGACCGACAGCAACUUAAACGACUACAGGGUCAAGUCAAUACGACUUUCCACGAAAUCACCCGAGAAAACGGAAGCGGAAACAACUAUUUGGAUGUGAAGAUUCACGGUGUUCACGCCAUCAUAAACCUUCGAUACGGCACCACGGUCGACAAAGAAAAGCAACGCCUCAUGCAUCAUGCAAAACUCACUGCAGUUCGAAAGGCAUGGCAUCGUGAAAAAGAAGCACUCCGCAACGGCCUCACGACUAUCAUCGACUGGUCACAACAGGAAAUCGAUGAGAUCCUCAAAUUAGGCUAUGCCAAUUCCUACGAAGGUGAAUACAUUCACGAAAUCAGCGAGUAUCCCGAAUUAGCCGAAGAUCCUUACAAUAUUCGUUUCACAAAAAAGAAAGCCACUGCCACAAGAAAACGAAGACGUCGAAGCUUAAAUCAGACCGAGCCAGAUGGUGUAAGUAAAUCAAAUAUAAUUAGGUAUAGUAAUAGUCUUGAAUUAAAUGAGCCCUUAUCAACAUCGUCAUCAACAACUACAACAAGAAAAACAAAAACAUCAUCAAAAGUCACAUUAAACACUAAUGAAAAUUCAUCUAAAUGUUUAGAUGAUGAAAACGCUUGUUAGCUUUUGUUAUAACAUUAUUUAUUUUAAGUUCCUUAUUAAUAUUUUGUUUUAUUUAAAUUGAUAUUUAUAAAAAAAUGCAUUUAAAAAAAAAUGGAACAAUUGAUCAUGUCUAAAAAUAACAAAACAAAAACACAUAAUAUACUUUUAGGCAAGGAAAAAAUAAAUAACUAGAUGCAAACAAGCAAAACAAACAACUAAUUAAAAAAUUUAACAUUUAUGAAAUAAAGUUAAAACAAAAAAUGGUAACUUUCUAAGUGGUGACUCGAGCUUUUUGAGACUGGCAGUAGAAUUUAAAUAGAAAAUAAAUAAAUUAAAAACAAGAAAAAUACAAAAACAAAAAGAUAACUAUGAUAUAUAUAUAUAUAUAAAUAUAUAUUUAAACUAAGACAUAGUAAAAAAAAAAAAAAACAAAAAGAGUAAACGGAACAUAUAGGUAUAUAUAUAUUUAAGUAAACAUAUUGUGAGACCAAUUUGUAAAUCCAAAUGAAUUUAUUGUUAUUAUUUCUAUUGAUUUAAACAUUUCUUUUUUAAAUUUAAUUUCAUUUAAUAUAUAAUAAUUUUUUAUUAUCUAUGGAGAACUGUGUUGGUGCGCGUAUUUGAUUUUGCUUUAAUUAUUUUCUUAUCUAUUUUUUUUAGUUUAAGGUAUCCAUUCGUAUCCAUUCCAAUAUUUUUUUAUUUUACUUUUCUCUCAAUUGUUAGAUGUUAUGGCCUUGUCAAAGCGCAGUCGGUAUUUUGCAAACAAAUUUCAAAUCAAAGUGUCAAGCCUAAAAUGAUUUUCAAAUCUUUUUGAUCAGAUGUUUGAAAAUUGUCCGAAUGAUGGAGACUUAGAGUAUAAUUUUUUUUGGUAAUUUUUCUUAUUAAGUGAAAUUUCAAGUUUUGAAGUAAUAUUUUCAAAAAUCAUGUCAUUCUUAAAAUCAGAAAUUUUUUUUAAUUUUUUUUGAAAGGUUUUGAAAUACAGUGCUUUGCAAAAGUAUAAUCGCACCAUAUUAAAAUGCAUUGAAGGGUAUCAAUAUAUACGAAGAUUUAGAGAAAACAAUGUCCCGUUACUUUCUCUUCUGUGUAGUUUUUAGAAAUAAAAACAAGCUUUACUUGAAUUGCAAAAGUGUCUUCGCAUUUGUUUUAUUUUCAAUUUUGAUAAUUUUAAAAUAAUUUACAAGAAAUUAGUAAGGGAUCUUAUUACCCACCCCUGUUUUCAAUCACUGUAAAAACUCGAUUUGGCAUACUCUCGACCAUUUUUUUCAAUAGUGAAUUGUCCAACGAGUUCCAUUCAUCCAGAAUUACUUCUUGGAGCUCUGCAACACUGCCACACUGCUUAUUUGGAGCAUACAUUCUUUUUGUCAAAAUUCCCCAAAGAUUUCGAUUGGGUUGAAAUCUGGUGAGUGAGCAAGCCACUCCAUUAAAUUUUUAUUGCGAUCUUUAAACCAAUUGAAGCUCUGACAACUAAUGUGGAUUGCACCAUUAUCUUGUUGAAAGACAUCCUAAAACCUACGAAAUCGGGCAUCAAAUUGUCUUGAAGAGCUUGUGUGUAAGCUUCAUUAUUCAUUCGGGUAGAGGUUAGGUUACAGUGCAAUUUUACCGUAGUCACAGAAAGUCCCCCAAACCUUACAGCUGCCAACUAUGAAGUUCCUCUUUUAAAAUACUUUUUUUCUUUCCUUAGGUCAUGCCAAUAUCCGUUAAAGCCCUUGGGACCAUCGAGAUUAACCUUUUUUCGUCACUGAAAAUAAAGUUUCAAUAAAAUACCUUAAACUCCUUUAUUUGAAAUAAGGUGACUAAACAAUUAAUUUAAGAAUUUUACUUACUAUUCUCCAGUUAACGUCCAAGGUUUGAUGUGCAAAUUCUAGCCUUUUAAUUGUGUAAGACCGAAACGUUUAGUUCCAUUUCGUCCCGAAUUUCCCUCAAAGAGUGUGCCGAUUUUUAAGCAAGAUUUAUUAUUUGCCUAUUAUCAUUAUGAGGUAGCAUCAACGGACGCCUUUAUCUUAUUUUGUAACAUAAGACCUUUUAUUUCAAACAACAAAAUCCAAUCUCCCAAUUUCUCUUCCAAUGGCCCUAAAACUAUGGCCACUUGACCAAAAAUCAGAAAGCAUGUUUAUAAUAUGAUGGAUGCAUUAAUGCUUUUGGAAAUAACUGAAUUUUUCGUAUUCAACCUAGUGUAUCUUGAAGGGUAUAAAAGUAAGCAUGUUUUUGAAAUUUUCAAAGCUUAUAUUUCCAAGUUUAUUAAAAAUGUAAAAUAAUGUCUCCCUACAAACUGCCAUUUAAAAGCUUUCUCGGAUAUAAGACUCUGAAUUAAGAUACUAAAUAUGUUUUAUUUUUUUAACUCUUUUUUACUGUUUUUUGGGAAAUGUUCAAAUAUUUGAAAAACAAAAAGUAUAUAAUAAACAUCAACUUAUGAAUACAUUUUUGGACUAAGGUGUACAAUCUUCAUUUUUCUAACAAGGCACUUUUUUUUGUAAUGUGCUGUUCCAUUCCAAAAUUCAUUUAUGUGAAUAAGGGUUUAAAAAGUUUCUGUUUUUGCAGACCAAAUGAAUUUAUUUAUUUCAUUAAAAGUUUGUUUUAUUACCAAUAUCAACUAUACGAAAAGUUUGGUGGCAGAACUCAGCCUUGCCUGAAUCCAUUUUACUUUAUUUCGAAAUAUUUUUGAGUACGAAUUUUGUGUUCUUAUAUAUUUUUAAUUUUUUUAAAAUGAAGUCUACAAAAGGCUUCAUCGAGUUUUCGAAAAUAUGUAUUACUUGAUUCAGAGGACAUUAAACUUAACUAAAAAUCAAUAUUAAUAUUAUCCUUAGUAUCGACUGCCAAAUGUUUUUAUGUUUUAACUUACAAAAUCUUGGUGCUUUCCGAAUUUAAUUACUCUAAAUACAUUUUUUUAUUUCACUCUCUAUUUAUAUUUACAUGAGUUACAUAUUUUAACUAAAUACUAUUAUUGUUGCCAAAUAUUAUAAAUUUAAGUAUUAAAUAUAAAUAUAUUAACAUCACUUAAUUUAUCAAAAAAAAAACACAAUUACAUAAACAAAAACAAAACAAAAAACUAUAUACUAAAAAACAAAAAAAUUGUAGAAAAACAAAAUCACAAAUGUGACUCUUAUAAAUUAAAUGAAAAUGAUAAAAAGAAUUACAGUAAAAGCUAACAAUAAUAACUGUAGGUUUAUGAUGCAAUUUAGAAAAAAAAUAUUAUUGUUUAUAAAUAUAUAUAUUUAUAUUUAUAAUAAGAAAAUAUUAACAAAAUAAAACAAAUAAAUAAAUUACAAAAAGCACGCACGGUCUCUCCUAAAGGAUUAUAAAACAUAUAUACCAUGGCAUAUAUGUACAUGUAAUCCAAAAAGAAAAAUUAAAAAAAACAACCCAUGUAGUUUUAUUAAAAAUUACAUUUUAACACUCAACAAAAAUUAAAAAAAAAAAGAAAAAAAAAAAACAAAAUAAAAUGUUCAAUUUGUAAAUAUUAAAAUUUUUAGGAAAAAAUAAAUUUUAAAUAAUAUUAAACAAUUUUUAUAAAUAACAAAAAUAAAUAAUUAUUUAUUAUUACAAUUGUAAAUGUUUAUAUUGAAAUUCUGUUUAAAUAUUUUUUUAAGUCACUUUAUUUAACUUAUAUAAAUAUAAAAUAAGCGAAAAAGAAGGAUAAGAAAAAUCUCAAAAAAUAAAAAAUGAAAUUAUCAAAUUAGGAACAUAUUGCAUUAAAAAUAAAAACAUAAACAAAAAUCUACAUCCUGAAGCUGAAUUAUGUAGCAUCAGACUAUACAUUUAACAUAAUAUAAUUAUAUGUAUGGAUCCUAAGGAAUAAAGCAGAAUAAAAUACUUCAAAAAAUAAAAACAAAAACCUGUAUUAUAUAUUAUAUUAUUAUUAUAUUGAAGUACCUAUAACUAAAAGUAAAUUAUAAAUGAAUUACUGGCCCUGUAAAUAUUUAUAAAUAAAAAACUCAAAUAAAAUACAAAAAUAAAAACAUUUAAUUUUAUCUUUAUACUCUUCUUUUGUUUUGUAUCUCAAAAAAAAGGACAACCAAAUUAUUGGCAUGCUGUUUUUAGAUGUGAAAUUUUUUGAAAGUGUUGUUAUGCGCAACAGUUUUUUGAUAUUUCAAAAAAUUCAAUACACCAAUAUUCACAAGCAAAAAUUAAUAAAAAUAAAAACAAAAUUCUCUUUCAUGCGAGCAACAGGAGUCAGUUACCUAAACAAAUUGCUUUAAGUAAAAUUGUGAAUAUACAUUUUAAAACAAAAUAAAAAAUACAAA